AUGGGGACCCGCGAGAACCUUGCCGCCGCCAUCGCCCAAGAAUCUUGUGGGUUGAUGCUGUGUGCAUAUAUAUCAGGAGACGAGGAGAAAUUUCAUCAAGUUCCACGCAUGUUCAUCGUCUACCGAUUGCCCCAUUGCGUCGCCGUCUGGUUCGGUCAGUCGGGUGAUGGCAGCGACGAGGCUGUGACGGCCCUCCGAUAUCUCGGUGAUCAGCUCGAGCUUGGCCGGAACGGCACCGAGCCAGAUCUCCCGGCGCAUCAGAGCCGGACUGGUACCUAUCCGAGACUGAGCUUCCGUAUACUCCGACUGCGCAAUGAGCGAUUCCGAAGCCUAUGUGGGCGAGAUGGGCUGGGCGGCGAAGCUCGUCAGGGCCGAUCGGUCCUAAGCACGAGCAUGGGACACACGGUACUGGCCCCUGCUGCAGCGACACCCGGAGGCGUGGCUUGCGCAUUGCUCGGUUGCAAGUCCUCCGUUCUCCUGCCACCGCAGGCUGAGGGUACAUCCAAAGUGGUCGGUGAAUGCUACAUUCACGAGCUCGAUGACUCCAUGACAACCUGGAUCCGCUCCUCAAGCAGCUGA